AUGUCCAACCCGUCGCCGCCCACUACAGUCUCCGGGAACAAUGCUGGCAACGAUGACUCCGCCUCGUCCAUUACGGUGAACACCACCGCCGCCGCUACCGCCGCCCCUGUUCCCGCACCUUUUCCUCCGCCCAAAACGGAUAAACCUCGUCCUCACGUCUGUGCCACUUGUCAACGCUCAUUCGCCCGUUUGGAACACCUGAAACGUCACGAACGCUCUCAUACAAAGGAAAAACCGUUCGAAUGUCCGGAAUGCACAAGAUGCUUUGCUCGGCGGGAUCUGCUCCUGCGGCAUCAGCAGAAGCUCCACCAGACGACAACUCCCUCGUCGCGCCCAAGGAACCGUCGCGAAAGCACUAGCAGCACUGCUACCGCCCAGAGCCGAGCUCGGAAGAAUAGCGUUGCUAGUGCCGCGAAUGCCUCGGCCGCUGGUAAUGCCUCGAUGAGGCCCCGUGCGAAUACCAUCAGUCAUGUCGAUGGGAAUCAUAUGCACAUGAUUGCCGCAGCCAACGCCCAAGUGGCGAGAAACCAGCAGCAUCAUAUGCCUCCCACCCAUACCCAUAGUCGUCACCCGAGCCUUGCCGGGCUGCCACUACACAACCCGGACCACGGCUUUGCUGGCAUGUCUUCGGUUAUGGGCCACAGGGGCAUGAGUCACGGACUCCCUAAGCUGGAAACUCACAGCAUCAACAACAUGGACUUCAAUGCUGGUCUGCGCACCGCUCCUCCGUUGCCGUUCCAGCCGGAGUAUGAUUUUGAGGGUUUGUUAUUCGGCCAGCCGGGUUCUACCAUCAAUCCGAACGCUUUGCACUACACCGAAUCCCCCCACUCUAUGUCCCUUGAUCCCACCUCCCCCUUUGGCAAUGGAAUGGCAGACAUGAGCACUCCUAACCAGCACAUGGAUGACAGCUUCGACUGGCUAACAGGAUUCGAGCAUCAAAUGUCGUUCAAUAACCCAACCGAAAACGCCGUCGACGGCUCCUCUCCGUCCGCGAUGAGUACCACUAGUCAGAGCGGAAUCAGUGAUGUGAUGCUUGAUGGUUCCAACCCUACCACGGUGACCAACGCAUCAAGCUCCAUGUGGCAGCCGGCUAUGAUGGGCCCUCCGCAGCUCACGAACCCCUUUUCCAUGGAAAUGGGUGGGACGGUUUUCCCGGAUCUUUUAAACGGAGCCCCUGUUUCGCCUCAGCCGUCCUCUCAGAAGAACAUGAAUGACAUCUAUUUCUCGACACCGCCCCCCUCCAUGAGCUCCCUCAGCCCUUCUGUUAUGCCGGGCCUAACUACACACAACAUGAACCAAACUCUUCACUACGGUCCCAGCCCAGAAACACCGACCUCAAUUAAUGGUAGUCACCAAUCACACUCCCCCGUCUCGACUAUCACGGACACCACCCGGGGCGCCAUCAUAAGUGCUCUAUCUCAAUGUGCGCCGUUUAGUGGUCGUAAAUUUUCUUUCACGUCACCCAACUCACCCAUGUCCCCACAGUUCCCUACGACCCCCGACAGCACGCCUGACAAUGUCAAAAACCUACCAAGUACUCAAGAUUUACAACGAUAUGUCGCCAGCUAUUUCCGCUUUUUCCAUCCCCAUCUCCCUUUUCUACAUAUUCCAACACUCUCAUUUGACACCCCGUCCAAUUCGAACAAUGCACGAUCGAAUACCGUAGGUGGAAGUGGAUGCCUUGUUUUAUCCAUGGCUGCUAUUGGUGCUCUUUACGAGAUGGAGCGAACCCAGUCGAGGGAACUAUUCGAGAUGGCCAAGAAGAUGAUCCAGCUGUAUCUGGAAGAGCGAAGGAAGGCUGAUAUGCGGAAAGCCGAUUUCCGUAGAACUCCGUCAUCUGACCAAGGAUCGCAAGGACCAGAGUGUUCUAUUCACACUCCGCUGUGGCUUGUACAGGCGAUGCUUCUCAACGUAGUGUACGGCCACAACUGCGGUGACCGAAUUGCUAGCGAUAUUGCCUCGACUCACUCCGCGGCCCUUGUGAGUCUCGCUCAAGCCGCCGGCUUGCUCCGACCGAUGAAGAUGGACCCGACCGAAGUUCGAGAAAUUCAGAUGAACGAUGCUGAGGGUAAUUGGAAUGGAGGAAUUAAGGCGGAAACCGAAGAACAGGCUGAGUGGCUGCGAUGGACGAUGAUGGAAGAGCGAAAGCGUACCCUCUAUGUCAUCUUCAUUCUGUCAAGCCUCUUGGUGACUGCGUACAACCAUACACCGGCUUUGACGAAUUCCGAAAUCGUUUUAGAUCUGCCCUGUGACGAGGAGUUCUUUGCGGCGGAGAGUGCAGCAGCUUUCCAGUUGAAGGGUGGUGUGCGAGCUGCCGGACAUAACCGGAUGACGUUUCAUGAAGCCUUAGGGGAGCUACUUCGUACUAACGAGAAGCAGCAGAAACUGGCAUUCAGCAACGGACAGCAUCAACUAGGCCCCAACGUGCAAAUGAACGAUAUCCCACAUAGCGAGUUAAAGCCCAGCACUCUGGGUUGUUUAGUGUUAAUUAAUGCGCUUCACAACUACAUAUGGGAAACGCGGCAACGUCACCAUAACAAGGUGUGGACAAACGAGGAGACGGAGAAGAUGCAUCGCCACAUCGAGCCUGCCUUGAAAGCGUGGCAAUCGGCCUGGGCAAGCAACCCACACCACAGUUUAGAACGCCCGAACCCAUUUGGCAUGGGCCCUCUAUCUGCCGAUGCCAUUCCCCUCCUGGAUUUGGCAUACAUCCGACUAUUUGUAAACAUGUCUCGAACCAAAGAAAAGUUUUGGCAGCGAGACUGGGAUGGGUUAGCCGAUGAACUUUCUCGUGGCACCGAAGUCAUUCAACAUGCGGAGCAUUCUCCUGCCUCAAACGCCGAAUCGACAGAUCCAUCCGACGCCUCCGCCUCCAGUUCCGUUUUUGUCGACUCUCCCCCGACACAGUCAUCGUCUCCUGAAUUCUCUGCUGUCAAGUAUUCCUCACAGCCAUCAUUCCAAACACAAAGCUCUGGUAGCCGGGCCAUAACUCGCCGAGAGAAGCACCUUCGCAAGGCGGCGUUCUAUGCUGCGGACUCGCUCUCCAUGUCUGAUAAGCUAGGUGUCACCUUUGCUGAAUUCACAAGUCGAGAACUUCCAGUACAAUCUGCAAUGUGCUCUUUCGACUGUGCACAGGUCCUCGCUGAAUGGAUCGCCACUCUUCAGGACCGUGUUGGACGAUACUUGGGUGUCCUAGGCAAGGAUGAAGUCGACAUGGGAGGUGUCCCAUCUAUCAUGCUUCUCGAGGAUGAGGACGUCAAACUCAUUCACAAAAUCCAAGAACUCCUCUCUAGUGCCGAGAUGAAGAUGAACAUGGACAUCGUGAGUGGUCACGUCAACGGUAGCAUUGAUUCUCGUCUCCAGAUGGAUAGCCACGGCGGUUAUGCCGCCAAGAUUCUCAGGGUCACGGCAUACAUGCUUGAUAAGUCGGCGGUAUGGCCAGUGCUCCACCUCAUGGCUCGUUGCCUUGAAAGUCACGCGAAUUUCAUGGCAUCCCGAGCCGACAAGUCCGUUAUUGCUAGCGAGUAAGCGGAGAUUCUAGGCUUAAUUUAUCUGCGAUUUUUGGCGCAUAAACCCACCCCCCAACGCCAAUCCACCACGACGGAGUCCUAGUUAUAUCGCUGACGAAUACGAGUGCCCAUUUAUCCCUUUCCAUACAUCGCUUAUGCUGAAUUUCGAAGCUCUGAACGACACUAGAUACUUGCAGGAUCUGAUCUAACAAUCAGAACGCUAUUCCACGGACUAACCUAACACAUCUUCACCCCUCCUUCGUACACACACGUUGUUCUGAAGGGUUACUGGGCUUCCCGGUGCACCGGUGCAACCCUUGCCUCGAUUAGAGAUUCUAAUGUAAAAGGAUGCUUAAAAUCAUGGAAAAUAUGGAUGAGAUGAGGUGUCCGGAUUGAGGCCUCGUCACCGGCUAGGGAGACGCUACUGUUUUGCUAUUGCUUUUGCUUCUAAGUACAUGAUAGAUUUGCAGGCGCCACGCGAUUACGGAAUGAUGCAUGAUGAAUACCCUGGAGGGA